UGUGUCAGUGAUCUCGCUGUGUCUGUCGGUCGCCGGUUAAAAAAAAAAAAGUAAAACAGAAAAAAAAGUAUAGAGACUUGAGUAAUAAUGUUGGGUUUAUAGGAGGUAUAACUUCUAUCUUAUGAAUUUAUAGGAACAAAAAACAUAGACUGGAACAUUUUUUGAUGAGUUUGUAUAAAAUCAAAGAGGAGAUCGCUCUUGUUGCCCUUUUCGGUUUGGCUACUGCUGCUCGUUUGGAAGUCGACCCAGCUGCCCAAGAUUUCAAAAUCAUUGAGAACGACAUCACUCCCGAAGGUACUUUCCGUUAUGCUUUCACAACUGGCAACGGAAUCCAAGCCAAAUCAUCUGGUGAUGCCAAUGUGAUCACAGGAGCCUUCAAAUAUGUUUCACCCGAAGGACAAACCGUUGUUAUGACCUACACCGCUGAUGCUGAUGGUUACCAUCCAGCUGGAGAUCUUUUGCCAACUCCACCACCAGUGCCAGAGGCUAUCCUCCGCUCUCUUGCAUACAACUUGGCUCAUCCACAAAAGGAUGCUGUCUUGGCCCGUAAAUUGUAAAUUUAGCAAUGAAAUUUGAAGCUAUUAGUUUAAAAAUAAAAGCAAUUUAGGUUGUUGAAUUCUUUUGGUUUUUUUUUUUUAAUUCUUUUUCGGGGUUUAAAUGUAAACAGGAGACGAUUUUUUGUGCAAUAGUUAAAUCUUAAAUCUUUC